UAAGAGAAAACUAGCUGUUUUAUUACUGCAGAAAAUAAGUAUGUGUAGGAAAAGCAGCGAAAAAAAGAGGAAGUUCCGAGUCCACCCUCUUUGGCAGCAACGUUCGAUACUCGGUGCACACAACUCCUUAGCAAAGGAAAUGGUCAUCUAUGACCCAACAAUGUUAACGAAUUAUAUUCGAAUGUCAGUGUCCACAUAUGAAAAAUUACUGCUGAAAGUUGGAAGUAAAUUGGAAAGCUGUCCUACCAGAAAGGAUAUAAUUACUCCAUCUGAAAAAUUGAUGGUAACUUUAAGGGACAACCUGAUACUGGAUCAGAUUAUUUUAAUUAUAAGGGAUUCCACAGCAUUGUUCUUCUUGCGAUGGCAGAUGCUAAUUACAUGUUUUUAAUGGUAGACGUCGGAGGAAAAGGGCGACAGAGUGAUGGUGGCAUAUUAAAUCAAUGUCAAUUUUUAAAGCUGUUAAGGAAAACAAUUUAAAUCUGCCACCACCAAAGUCACUGUAUGAAGGUGGUCCAAGAAUCCCACAUGUGUACAUUGGUGAUGCUGCUUUCGAAAAUAGUAUACAUUGCUUAACACCAUAUAAAGGAGCGAAAAGUGGCAAUCUUUCUAUAGAUCAGAACGUGUACAAUUACAGACUGAGCAGAGCACGACGUGUCAUAGAAAAUGCUUUUGUCAUUUUAGUUGCCAAGUGGAGAAUUUUUAGGACUCCCAUUUUGAUUAAUAUAGAGGUAAUAAAAUUAAUUGUCUUAGCGACAGUUUGUCUACACAAUUUUAUUAUCAGAGAAGAAAAAAAAUUGCCAGAGGAUUUGCAAAAAUACUGUCCUGCAAACUCUGCAGGCCAACUUGGAUGUUUGGAAGACACUGCUUUGCAACCUUUGGUCAUUCCUCAAACAAAACUGACCAACAAAAUCUUGCCAGAACGAUUAAAAAUCACUUUAAAGAAUAUUUUAUGGGUCCAGAAAAAGUUCCGUGGCAAAAUAGAGCCGUUUUUGAAGAUGAUUGAGAAAGUAUGUGUAAA